UUCUACUUCACAUUUGUCAUGGGAUAAGUGGCCGAGAUAUCUGCUGGCUCAGUCAUUUGGAGUUGGGAAUUGAUAAGUUAGAUUUUGUUUGGUGACCUCUGAUCUUAAUUAUGUUGGUCAUUUUUAUGGAGUUUCUGGGUGGGUGUACAUGUACAUGUAGAUUUGACUGAAUUGAGAGCACGAGAAGUAUUAGUUGAUACUUUAUUCCUUGCUAAAAACUUGCAGUGAAUGAACCAUAUUAUUUGAACAGUGAAAGCUGCAGCGAGUAAUGGGCGUAACCGGUAAAGAUGGCGCACAUCUACCUGCCCGACUGGGUCCUAGCAAUGUCCAUGCCGGGAGGAUGUUUGCUCACCAGGACUCCCUUGCCAGGCUACCUGUUCCUCCGUUGCAGCAGACACUGUAUAAGUACCUGAUGGCAGUCAAACCUAUCAUCAGUCCAGAAGACUAUGAAGUCACUAAGAAGAUUGUAGACGACUUUGGGAAGCCAGGCGGGUUGGGUCAAGAUCUUCAGAUGGGUCUGAUAAACAGAGCUAAGAAAAUGGAGAAUUGGUUAUCAGACUGGUGGUUGAAAGUUGCUUACCUGGAUUACAGGUCACCGGUCAUCGUCAACGUCUCACCCGGGGUCGUCUUUCCCGAGAUGUCGGAGUUCAAAGGUCGUGAGGGGCAACUCAAGCAAGCAGCCACGCUUAUAAAUAGUGUCAUGGAUUUCAAGUACUUAAUUGACACUCAAUCUGUUCCAGUGGAUAAGAUGGCUGGACAGCCUCUGUGCAUGGAUCAGUACUAUAAAAUUCUAGCAUCGUGUAGGAUACCAGGUCCAAAGAGAGAUGAAGUUAAAAUCUUCCCACCCACCUUGUCUAAUGCUCCAAAGCACAUCAUCAUCGCCUACAAUAAUCAGUUCUAUAGUGUGGAUGUACUGAGGCCUGAUGGGAAACCUUACAGUCUAAAUGACAUCUACGCCCAGUUGAAAUACAUCGUCAUGGCAACCCCAGUGCCUGCUGUACCGGUCGGCAUACUCACAGCUGAGCACAGGAAUACAUGGGGAAAGAUCUACAAGAAAAUGAAGAAAGAUCAUGUGAACAAGGAUUCCUUUGAGAAGAUCAAACGUAGUCUCUUUCUCGUUGCUCUGGAUCAAGAUGAGAGGCCGGGUGAAGAUGCGAGCGAUAUCGUCAUGAGAGGACGCCAGUCACUCUAUGGUGGUGGCAGUAUGAUCAGCAGUGGGAACAGGUGGUUUGAUAAAACAUUACAAUUCUGGGUAGGUACCUCAGGCUGCAUGGGUCUAACCUAUGAACACUGUACCGCAGAGGGCCCUCCUAUAGUAGCUCUGGCUGAUCAUAGCCUAAGCAAAAUGAAUAAUCUCGUAACAGACUUUGGUUCAGACACAUCCAAUCCACCUAAACCAGAACGUCUUGAUUUCAACAUCAGCCCUGAUAUUGUAGAAGCAAUAGAAGAAGCUAAACACAGCGUCGAUGUGGCUCAUACAGAUCUUCAAGUAAGUCUUUUCCAGUUUAAAGAAUUUGGUAAGAAUUUUCCCAAGUCACAGCGUCUCAGUCCAGAUUCCUUCAUCCAGAACGCACUGCAGUAUACAUUCUUCAAAUUGUAUGGCUACUCUACAGCUACCUAUGAGAGUGGUUCGUUACGCAAAUACAAGUUUGGUAGGACGGACACGAUCAGAUCAGCAACCAUCGAGUCGGAUCAGUUUGUGCGAGGAAUGUGUGACCCUAGUAAAACACCAAGCGAGAAGGUGAUGUUACUAAGGAAUGCCAUUGCAGCACACAAGCAAUAUACAAACGAUGUUAUCAAUGGUGAUGGGAUAGAUAGACACUUACUAGGCCUGAAGCUGAUAGCCAUAGAGAAUGGUGCCAAUGUUCCAGAUAUCUUCAUGGACACAGCCUUCACAUCAUGCACCCAUUUUAGGUUAUCUACCAGUCAGGUUCCUGCCAAGCAUGACCUUACCAUGUUGUUUGGGCCGGUUGUUCCUGAUGGGUACGGUAUCUGCUACAACCCUCAGGAGCACCACUUCAACUUCUCGGUGACUGCCUUCAACACCAGCCCGGAAACGGACUCGGACAGGUUUGCAGACGUCCUCCAAGAGAGCUUGAUUGAAAUGUGCCAUAUUCUUGUCACAGCCCCUCCUGCUGCUAAACUAUAGAUUUAUAAUUCAAGAAAAAAAAUCUGUAUCAACCCCUGGGACCGUUUCACCGAGUUGUUUGUAAGUUAUGCAUGACUUUGUGCACGACUCGCGAUUGCUUCAUGUGCCAAAUGAGACUCAAAUUUUCCAGGUGCCCACUUCCUACACCUGGGUCCAGUGAAGCACAAAGUGGUAAAUUUCUUGCCGAAGAAAUUAAACGCAAUGGCUGGGUUUUGAACCCAUGGCAUUGUUAUUGAAACUGAGGUGACAGUCAGAACCACUAGAUCCUUAUGCUUCUAAAUCAAUAAAUAUUGAUUUUGUGACUUGCUGGAUAAAAAAGUAAGAAGAUUAGCAUGGACAUUACAUGUCUCAAAAUGAAAACAGUGGGAAAAGUUUGUGCAAGGAACUAUAUUCCUGUUUAUUGUAUAUGAACUAUAUAAAAGUUUGUGUUCAGAACUGAAAUAGUCCCUGCUAUCCUCUUGAGAUCUCUGAAGUUGAUUUUAUGAAUCAAAAGAAGAGAAUUAGACAGAACACCAAGGUUUGUAUUCUCUUUACAUUUGUUGUACUACUUUAACCCUAACUUAAUUUAGACCACACUCUCAUGGGGUGCUAACAUGCACAAAGGAAAGAGAAUGUAUGGUGGCAAAAUUAUUUGUUUUCUUUUGUUUAGUUGACAGGGGUAGAAUGGUUUGUAUGAUUCAACAUAUUCAACAAAUUCUGUGAUAAAUUAAUAACGUAAUGAAUAUUGAAUGAGAAAUUGAAACCCCCAUGUGGCAUUCCAUAGAAGUGUGCACUGAAACUCUUGUUAAAGGCCUGGUCACACCGCCCGAGUGUUGUUGGAGGGGUCGUGGAGCGGUAGGGAAAGAGGGUCGAAUUUCGCUCUCAAAAUUG